AUGUCUACUUCUCAUCAAACCGCUGCCCAGAUCGCUGUCGGCAUCUUUGCCGGCACCGACUUCGUGCUUUGGAAGCCCCGCAUGGAGAACCACAUCCGCGCCUCUGGCGCGGGUAGAGCGCUGCGCAUGCCCCGCGCAGUCAUGCUAGCCACCAAUCCCUCUGAGGCCGAGAUCAACAAGUGGGAGGACGCCAACGACACCGCGAUCGGCAAGAUCAGGGAGUGUGUCAGCCACGACAUGAACCAGUUCAUCUUGAACAACGACACGGCACUCCAGAUGUUCGCCACUCUGGAGGUGCGCUCAGGCGCACAAGGGAUCUCAGCGGCGGUCAACGAAAUCAAGACCGCCCUCAACACCCAGAUCCCGGCCGACACCGACCCCAACCCUGCUCUCGCCAAAAUCAUGGCGGCAUUCUCACGCUUCGCAGGACUGGGUGGGGUCAUCACCGACUCCACUCGGGCCGUCAUUCUUUUCUCGAAAAUACCGGCUGGCUACGAGCCGCUCAAACACCAAAUCAACAACUCCACGCAGCUCCUCACCAAUUUGGCGACGAGCGACAUCAUCAAUGGCAUGCAAGCAUCCUGGGAACUGCGGUCAUCCGGACAGAAAAAGAAGAAGGUACCUCAGGUGAAGGAGGAGCAGGCCAACAAGGCCAGCUCCAGUACCAAGCAGUACAACGGCCAGUCGUCAUCCGACGGCAAGAAGAAGCGUCCUUCCAAGAAGGAGCGCAAGGAGCACCAGGCGCAGCAGCAACAGCAGCAGCAACAGAAGCCGGCGGCCGCUAACGCGGCUUCGUCGUCGGCUCCUGCCAACGCGACGCCAUCUCCGGCGCCGCAGAGUGCCGCACCCGCCGCUGCCAACUACUCGGCAACAUUUAACACGCCGGCUCCCGUCUACCACGUCGCGCACGUCGCUUCCGGGCCGUCUGGCCCCUCAUACUCUCCACCGGUUUUCUCCGAACCGACCCCCGAUCCGCGCAAGCG